AUGCUUGAAAUAGGAUUCUCCAAGCAAUUGGUUGAACUCAUCCGAAACCUAUAUGGCCACCAGUUAGCAAAAGUCAGAACCACACAUGGAUUUACAGACUGGUUUGAGAUUGGCCAGGGGAUGAGACAAGGGUGUAUUCUAUCUCUACACCUUUUCAAUAUUUAUUCUGAAGGUAUAAUGAGAAGAGCACUAGAUGGAUUUAAUGGAAGCAUUAAAAUUGGUGGUAGAACAAUAACAAACUUGCGAUAUGCUGAUGAUGUUGUUUUGGUAGCUGGCAGUAUGCUGGAACUCCAAACACUAGUUAACAGAAUAAAUGAAUCCAGCUUACAAGCAGGCUUACAACUCAAUGCUUCUAAAACAAAAGUAUUGAAAAUAAUAAAUAAUCAUGGAGAUAACAAGGAUAACAUCAAAGUGAAUGGUAACAACAUUGAGAAUUUAGAUAACUUUAUCUAUCUUGGUGCAAUGUUUACAAACAACUACAAUGGUUCUAAUGAAAUUAAAAGAAGGCUGACUCUUGCACGAAAUGCGAUGAUAUCCCUUACAUCAAUAUUGAAAGACAAAGCCAUCUGGACCCAGAUGCUCUGUGGGAAUCCUUUAGGUGCAAUAAAACUGGAAGCAGCGCAGGAUUCCAUUGGUGUAUGCCCGAGUGCAAGGCAGAAUUUCAUCUCCCUGGAGACACUGGAGGCCAUUGAAGCGUGUCACAAGAUGACUGCAGUCCGUUCAGUGGACGGACAGAUCAUCUUAGAUCAUGUUGGGGUUCGUGAAUGUUGGGCUGAUUAUUUUGAGCAAAUAUACCAGGUAGACCCUCCAACAGCAAGCUUGGAUGCAAGUGGUAUCGCAAUACCUGUCCCGGACCUACCCAUCAGCGAAGAACCUCAUACCCUAAUUGAGGGUUUUGGUUCCCAACAUUCAGGAUAUGACUGA